AUAAUAAUAAUAAUUAUAAUUAUAAUUAUAAUUUAACUAUAGGUGGACGUUAUUGGAAAAAUGAUCAAAGUUUAGAAAAUUUAUCAAAUUUUAUUAUUAAUAAUUUAAAAUUAUUUAAUAAUACUGAAAUUUUAUUAAUGGAACAAAAUUUCAUUUAUCCAUUAUUUCCAAAUCAUAUACCUCAUUUAGAAUAUUCUCCUCAUAUAAUUAAUAAAGCUAUUAAAAUAUCUCAACAUAUAAAACCAUAUAUAGCAAUUCAAUGGAGAAUGGAAUUAGGAAAUCCUUUAAAUAUGCCAAAAUGUGCAGAAAAAUUAAUUUCACGUUUAGAAGAUUUAAAAAAAGUUUAUAAUACCAAAAAUAUUUAUUUUGCUACCGAUUAUCCUUUAAAAGAUUCUUUACGACAAUCCUUUUCAUUUCAUGAUAUUAAACAAGAAUAUCAUGGGAAAGCUAUUGAUAUUUUAAGAGAUAAUGUUAAUUUCUUUAGUUGGUUCAAUUUUACUCCAACUGAUCAAUUCGGGAAUAAUAUGAAUAUUAAAGAAUUCGCUCUUAGUGGUAUACCUGGUAUUUUAGAUAAAAUUGUAUGUACUAGAGCAAAAAUAUUUUUAAUUGCUCCUCCAGAAUGUAGAAAAAAGACGAGUUCUUAUACUUCAAUGAUUAAUUCUGAAAGAUUUGAUUUAAUGAAAGCAAAUGUUGAAGGAAUUGAAAAUAUAAGCUUAGAAUGGUGAAUUAUCCGGUAUUAGGUAUUUUAUGGUUAAAAUGUGCAUCAGCAUCCUAUGUAUAGUAAGUAAUAAUUAUCGCAUUAUACAUUAUAUCAUUCAUUAUAUAUUAGAUUAUCUAUUUGAUUAUUUGUUUGUCAAUUAUAUAAAUAAGUUCCAUCAUUUGAUUACAUAAAA